GUUAAGAGCAGACUUUGGGAACGCACUCACUCGUAAUUCUUUCGCGUAUAUGCAUAUACUUGAGUAAUUGUUGCUUACACGUGUUUAAGGUAUAAGUUCCUCAUCAGGACAGCUCGUUUUGGAAAUAGAGCUCAACUUUCCAAUAUCGGACUUCGGGCUGAGCCAAUCGGUAAUAGUGUCCACAGCUCACUUUCGAAAUUUGAGCCUUCAAAUCCAUGUGUGUCCAGAAUUAUCGCCGUUUGAAUGUUAAGAUGACGACUCGUCAAUUUAAGAUACUCUGUGAUAUAUAGAAAAGAUAUCUAUAGAAAUAACAGCGAUAUGGCGUACCCAAAUGGAACGUUUACUGAAUACAUGUUUGGCUACUUUGACAAAUAUUCAAAAAACGUCGCUUUGGUAGAACUGGAUACAGACAGAAGAGUGACGUACGGAGACCUGAAGACACUGGUAAUCAAAGCAGCUCAUGGAUUCCGAGAUCUGGGUGUACAGCAAGGCGACGUGGUGUGCAUCUUCUCUACCAACAACAUAGAUUAUGCCGUGGCUUUCUUCGCCCUGACGUCUUUCGGAGCCACGUUACAGGCCACGAACCCCUUAUAUACGACAGGUGAACUUCAGACGCAGUUCGUUCAGUGUAACACCAGAUAUGUCAUCACACUUCCACCUUUUGUGGACAAAAUCAAGGAAGCGUCGACAAAGAGCAUCAAGAAAAUCAUAGUAAUUGGCGCAAGUCCAGAAGGAUGCGUCUCAUUCGAUAGCUUGGUUAAGUCAUCUAAGGAUGGACUCAAACUGCCAAAAGCAGAUUUUGAUCCAAAGAAAACUGUGGCAUGCCUGUUGUUCUCUAGCGGGACCACCGGGUUACCAAAGGCAGUCAUGUUAACUCAGUAUAAUCUAAUAGCCAAUCUGGUACAGCUCCGGUCCAUGAAAAUACUCGAAGACGAUUCCGUGCUGGUGUUUCUGCCAUUCUUCCACCUGUAUGGUCUGGUAGCCAUCUUGAGCUCGGCACUGACUUGUGGUUCCAAGAUGGUAUUAGUGUCCCGGUUCCAGCCGGUUCCUUUCAUGGAGGCCAUACAGAAACAUCAGAUUAAAGUGUUACAUCUGGUGCCGCCUGUGAUGGUUCUACUAGCAAAACUACCAGAAACCAAAAAUUACGACUUGACUUGUGUACGAAAAGUUGUGUGCGGGGCAGCCCCUUUAAGUAUCAAUAUUGAAUGUGAAGUCAAGGAGAUUUUCAAAAUUCCUUACGUUAGCCAAGGUUAUGGUAUGACGGAAGUAAUGGUCACACACUUGGACACAGAAGAAAACCACAAAGCUCAUUCUGUAGGACAACCUUUGGAAGGUAUCAAACAAAAGAUUAUAAACCCGGAAACCGGAAAAGAUGUCGCCGUGAAUGUUGAUGGGGAAGUCUGUAUCAAAGGGGAACAAAUCAUGCUGGGUUACCUGAACCAACCGGAAGUCACAGCCGCCAUGAUGACUGCUGAUGGCUGGGCCAGAACAGGUGAUGUUGGUCAUGUAGACGAAGAUGGGUAUCUAUUUAUAGUCGACAGAAUAAAAGAACUCAUUAAAUACAAAGGACAUCAGGUGGCACCGGCCGAGUUAGAAGCCCUGUUACUCAAACACCCGUCCAUAGCUGACGUAGGAGUUAUCGGCGUUCCUGAUAGUGAUGCCGGGGAGCUCCCCAAAGCUUAUGUUGUGCUCAAGAAGGAUCAAAAGCUUAGUGAAAAAGACAUUGUAAACUAUGUUGCUGAACGUGUAGCGCCACACAAGAAGUUGCGAGGUGGUGUAGAGUUCCUGGAACAAAUUCCGAAGAGCGCCAGUGGCAAAAUCCUGAGACGUGUUCUGCGUGAUAGAUUGAAAAAAUAAUAUAGGCCUACUUUUGUACGUUAGUGCUUACUUUUAGUGGAAUUGCAGGAACCACAGACGUCUGAUUGAAAAUUGGAAUGAUGUCAAAUUGAUGCUAUCAGUGUUCCUGAUAUACACACAAUAUUUAGAAAACCUCUUUACAAUCCCUUUAACCCCCUUUGACCUUACCUUGCUUUAACCAAUCAAAUUUCUGCUCUCUGCAUUUUGUCAGAGAGUGAAGGAAUUUGAUUGGCUAAAGCAGAUUAGGUCAAAAGGUUAUUAUGCCGAAUGUUUAACAGACCAGUCUUUAGACCCUAACUGAAGUGGCUUUAUUAGAAAUAAAAGCUAAUACAAAAAACAACGCAAGUUUAGUCUAAUUUUAAUUAGACUAGUAAAAUUGGAUAAUGACGUAGCACCAUUGAGUUCAGUGUCUUUCGUCCUUACGGCUUCCGUAUCAAGGGUUGUUCACCAUCUUACUCAUACACCUUUGACAUAUCAAUAGAAUUUAUGCAGCUGAGUUCAUAAAUCUGGAUAGAAACCGUGUUAACAAACUUUCCAGUGAGAUGUUCAGGGGACUGCACUGAGCUACACCUCCUGCCGCCUGCAAAAAAUAAACAACCAUUACCGUCGGUCCUUUUUUGCAGAAUUUGAUAGCAACUGGAAUUUCAACGACGGCCUAGGAAUAACUUAACCCAAACUUACUAAAAUUAAAUUAUAAUUUCGUAUCUUUUUUGUUUUUUGAUAUUUUAGUGUCCAUUGUAAUCUAACUAGUUUUCUACUAAAUGUUCGUUCCAAUGGUAGUAUUCUUAACCAAUCAAAAUGUGUCAUGU